AUGAAUCAACAGAUCCAGGAUGAGGCUGCCGAUUUGGCUUCCAAGGGGCCAUUUGUAGCUCUUGUUCCUGAUCUUUAUCGAGGUAAAGUGGCCACCGACCAUGAAGAAGCUGGCCACCUGAUGAAUGAUCUUGACUGGCCAGGAGCUAUUAAGGAUAUUCAAGCAGCAGCUAAAUAUCUUCUCAAGGAUGUUGGAUGUUCUAAGAUCGGAGUAACAGGCUUUUGUAUGGGUGGUGCUCUUUCUUUUGCAGCAGCAGCCCUGGUUCCUGAGAUAAGUGCUGCUGCUCCUUUUUAUGGCAUCCCUGGUGAGUCCAUUGCAGAUAUCACCACCAUCCGCAUCCCUUUACAAUGCCACUUUGGUAAAAAGGAUGACAUUGUUGGCUUCUCAUCGUCCUCUGACCAGGAGGCUUUACGCAAAAAGUUGGAUACUGCUAAAGUGAAACAUGAGUUUUAUGUCUACGAUGCUGGUCAUGCAUUCACCAAUGCCACAUCGCCAAAUUACCAUGAGCCUUCCUGCAAGUUGGCUCUUGAUCGCUUAGUUAAAUUCAUGAAUUCCUAUCUGUAA